CUACAAAAUGUCUACGAAAGAAGAAAUUGACAAUGAAAAUAAAAAUCCACCGGGACUGGGCAUGCGGCACGCACAGGUUUGUCUGCUGUUCUUCGGGAUGGUGCUCUGCUACGCCAUGCGGGUCAACAUGAGCAUGGCCAUCGUCGCCAUGACGUCCCCCUUAGAUGAUGACUCUUUCGACUGGUCAACAAAGACCCAAAGCGUGAUUCUGUCGUCCUUCUUCUGGGGCUACAUCGUGCUACAAAUUCCCGGCGGAGAGUUGGCGGCCAAGUUCGGAGGCAAGGUCCUCAUCACAACGUGCGUCACUGUCAAUUCUGUUAUCUCGUUAUUGAUACCCAUCGGAUCACAUUUUGGUGGUUGGCAACUGGUCUGCGCUUGCCGUGUCCUACAAGGUUUAACGCAAGGUUUUCUGUACCCUUCAAUACACAACCUUAUUGGCAAAUGGGCGCCUCUUGAAGAGAAGAGCCGGCUUGGCACUGUAAUAUAUGCUGGAUCCCAGUUUGGUACAGCUCUUCAGCUCAUGGCGUCUGGCUUUAUAGCGGAGGCCUGGGGCUGGUCAGGAAUCUUCUACGUAGACGGGACAUUAGGAGCCAUAUGGGUAGCGAUCUACAUAUUUAUCGGAUCUUCCUCGCCACAGAGCUCCACGAUGAUCAGUGAAAAAGAAAGGAAUUAUAUCCAAAAGUCGCUGGGACACGACGGGGGACAUAAGAAACUGCCAACACCAUGGAAGUCAGUCGCGACGUCUAUGCCCUUCAUAUGUUUGACCAUUGCGCACUGCGGUUUUGCUUGGGGAUUAUGGACUCUCAUGACUGAGAUGCCUUCAUACUUUAGCCAAGUUCUUGGAGUCGAUAUCAAAUCCAACGGUAUAAUGUCGGCCCUUCCGUACUUAGCGAUGUACGUGUUGAGUUUCCCACUCGGUUACCUCGCUGAUCUUUCCCUUAAGAAGAAAUGGCUUAGUAUCUCUGCUUCAAGGAAAUGGUCGAACUCUAUCGGCUUUUACGGUCCAGCUGUCGCCUUGAUAGGUCUAGCGUACGCGCCAGCAGGCAGUGUAUGGGUUGCCGUUGUUUUAUUGACUGCAGUCGUUGGAUUGAACGCUGGACAUUACACUGGUUUUUUGUUGGUGCACAUAGACAUGGCUCCGAACUUCGCCGGCACCUUGAUGGGCAUCACUAACUUCUUCGCGAACAUCAUCUCCAUCAUCGCUCCGCUCGCGGCUGGUGUCAUUUUGAAAGACGUGACGGACGCGAGCCAGUGGCGAAUGGUGUUCUACGUGGCAUCAGCAAUAUACGUAGUCACAAAUACGUUUUUCGUCGUAUUUGGCACCAGCGAGCUGCAGAAAUGGAACAACGUCCCUGAAGAGAACACCGACACUCCAGAUGUAGAAGCUUCGUGCAAGAAAGUGACGGUACAUGGAAAAAGUGAAGGAGUCCAAUAAGUUUAGGUUUGCGAUGUGUGGAUGCCCAAUGAAUGUAUAUUGUUUAUUUUGGAAAAUGCCGUUUGUACUUGAAAAAACUAAAACUUAACGGAGAGGACAUACCCUUUUUGACUCGCAAAUUGUGAGUCACGGCCGUUCGAAAAUUGAUAUCCAUCUGAAAGUACGAUAUCAAAUAAUAUUGUUUUCAUUUAAAUAACUUUGAAAUAAGUUGGAGAAAAAAAAG